GUACUUGUCGCAUGGAAGUGACGUAUUUUUUUUGUCAUGGCGGCAGAAGGCUCGGAUUCAGAAGACCUGAACACCAACGGGCUAAUGGAGGCUCCUUCAGCUCUGGAAGCCAUGGAGGCUGUCCAACUUCCAACAGAGAAGGAAGAGGCAUCAGAGGAGAAUGGUGGAGGAGGAGCCUCUGAGGCUCCAGAAGCAGCAGCUGCGACAUCAUACAACAUGCCUCUGGCAGAGAAUGAGGAGGAAGAAGACGGAGAGUUCCCUGCGGACUUUGACCGACUCUGGAAGCUGGCCCAUGACAAUCCACAGGACUUCUCUAGCUGGACUGACCUACUGCAGUACUGUGAGCAAGAGAGUCACAUGACAGCGUCACGUCGGGCGCUGGUAGCCUUUCUGGCACGGUACCCACUGUGCUACGGAUACUGGAAGAAGUUUGCUGACCUGGAGCGACGUGCUGGCUACACCAACAAAGCUCAGGAGGUGUGUGUUCAGGGUCUGAAGGCCAUUCCCCUUAGUGUAGAUCUGUGGAUCCACUACAUUAACCUGCUACUGGGCACGCUCAACAUGAACCUGCCAGAGUCCUCUCAGCGCAUUCGCAGUGCAUUUGAGGAGGCGGUGACGGCAGCAGGACUGGACUUCCACUCUGACCGUCUGUGGGAGCUGUACAUCGAGUGGGAGAAGGAGCAGGGAGACAUGAAGGCUGCCACUGGAGUCUACGACAGAGUCCUCAGAGUCCCCACUCAGCUGUACAGCAGCCACUAUGAGAAAUUCAAGACUCAUCUUAAUGCCCAUGCGCCCAAGGACGUCCUCUCAGCAGUGGAGUAUGAGGGGUUGCUUGAGGAAUCUAAACAGAGCCACAAGACUGAGAAGUCUGAGUUGGCUGAGGGGGAAGAGGAGUUACCACCUGGGGAAGAGAAGGAACCUACAGAGGAAGAGCUGAUUCCGAAAAUGCGAGAGCUCCUAUUGGCUCGAAGAGAGAAGGUGUACCAAGACCUGGAGGGAGAGGUCAGGAAGAGGUGGAACUUUGAGGAAGCUAUCAAGCGUCCAUAUUUCCACGUGAAGCCUCUGGACCGGACCCAGCUGAGGGCCUGGCACUCCUACCUGGACUGGGAGCUCACCGAGCUGGGGGGGGGCGGUGAAAAGGAGGUGAAGACCGAGACCGAACCAGAGGCCAUGGAGGGCCAGGAAGAGGAGCAAAAGGAGGAAAAGGAGGGGUCAAAGAGCAGUGAGAUCGUUGCCGGGGGAGACCGGAGGGUACGGAUCCUGUUUGAGCGCUGUCUGAUUGCCUGCGCUCUCUACGAGGAGUUCUGGACCAAGUAUGUUCAGUACCUGGAAUCUCAGAGUCUGGACGAGGCGCGGGGAGUGUUUCGGCGAGCCUGUGAGAUCCACCUGGCCCACAAACACACCAUGCACCUGCAGUGGGCCACCUUCGAGGAGAGGCAUGGUGACCUAACAGAGGCACGGCGAGUGUUGGAGGCUCUGGAAACCUCAGUGCCGGGAUUGGCCAUGGUCCGGCUGCGCAGGGCGGGGCUAGAGAGACGGGCGGGCCGGCUAGAUGAAUCAGAAGCUCUGCUCAGGGACGCGGUGGCCCAGGCCAAAGAGACACCUCACCUCCAUGCGUUCUACUCCAUCAAACUGGCCCGGCUGCUGCUGAAGCUCUGCAAGAACCCUAGCAAGGCCCGGGGAGUCCUGCAGGAGGCGCUGGAGAUUAGCCCGGAUGACGGUAAGCUGCACCUGAACCUGCUGGAGCUGGAGGUGUCCGGUGACCCCAGAGGGUCGGCCGAGGGGGUGCAGCAGUGUGUGACGCGGGCGCUGGCCGCACCCCUCUCCCCACAGACCAAGAUCCUCUUCUCCCAGAGGGGCCUGCAGUACGCUGAGGACUAUGGGACCUCUGUGCAAAGUGUGCUAACAGUCUAUGAGGAGCAUCAGAAGCUACUGAAAGAGCUCGGCAACAAGAAGAGAGUGGCUGAGAACGGAGACAGUGAGGACCCAGAGAAGAUGAGUAAAGGAGAAGAUGGCUCUGCUGUGCCUGCUCCACCACAAGCCCCUCCCACAAUGCCCCAUGUCCCCAUGACGACGCCACCUCCACCCAUGAUGGGUGGGGACAUGAGUACGGUUCAUGCAGGCUAUGGAGGAUAUGGAAGCUGGCAUCAGGGACUGAUUUAGACCUGGGACACCAGGUGGGUGCAAUUAUCAGGUAGAACAGAAAACCAGAAGUAGUCCGAACCUCGUAGGGUAAGAUCUGAAUACCCCUGCACUAAAAUGUUGUUUAGAGAGCGGGUGUUCCUUCACUUGCCCUUUUUUAAAGUGUUCUUCUCUUUCAGCAACCACAGUAUGGGGGAUACGGAGGCUACCAGCAAGCCUGGAACUACAAUCAGGGUUACUACCCUCCCAGCUAAGGGUGAAGAGAACUCCUGUGACACACCAACUGACAGCAGGGGUUACCAGAGAUGAUUCAGCAUUGACGACCCAGUGUUCACAUGUUUAAACUCCAUGGAUGCACCCCAAAUGGCACAUUAUGCCCUAUAUAGUGCACUACCUUUGACAAGGGCCCAUAGAGCUCUGGUCAAAAGUAGUGAACUUUGUAGGGAAUAGGGUGCAAACUCAUAUCUUUUAUCAGGAACAGGGGUGGGACCUGUGACGUCUACUACUCGUUUGGUCUUUGAAAAUGUGCUCUUGUACAUUGUUUUAAUGAUAAACUAUUUUUGUAUUCUCUUCUACAUGCAGCCCCUUUCAUUUUAAGCAAAACAGUCUCUCCAUACCUCCUGUAUUAUUGUCAUUCCAGAAGUAUAGGCUAGUCAUUUUUUCUAAUGUACAUAAUGGUGUUUUAUAGUUGUGAAGUUAAAGCGCUUUUCAUUAACGAGCAGGUUAAGAUCAAUCUAUUGUGUCCUUCAUUCAAGUUUCUGUCCAUUCGAGUCCUCCAGUGUCGUCGUCCUCCAGACAGAAGAUAGGGAAGCCAUGUUGUAUGCAGGUGUACCAGUGCCUCUGGACUCAGAGGUUAAGUAAAGAAUAAUAACUGAAUAGGUACGCUGUGCUGUACCUAGUGGACAUGUCUAAAACCAACAGCAUCAGUCAUGUUUGGUCAAACUUCAGAGUAGAAAACUGUUAAAUGUUUGGCUAAAUCCACCACACAACUUUAGCCUUUUUUAAAUCACUCAGUUUUUUAAAUACCAUUCCAUUUCUGUUGUGUUUUAGUGCAUCCAAUCCAUUGUACUCAAAAAAGGCAUGCACAAAUACACUGAAAAUGUAUGACAAUGUAACUUUUAAUCUUCACUUUUACAUUGUUCAAUAAAACAUUUGAGUGAAGCACAA